UGUGGAGCUAAACAGCAGUUUUCCGCACAAAGGGGGACUUGUAUUUAAAACUCCACCUAUGGUGCAGCCCUUAUCCUGUCACCAGCCCAGCCGGAGAUGGGGCUCUGCGGACAGGCCGGCCGGCACAGCAGCGCGGGGACUGAGCUCGGGUCAACAAAGAUGCCUACUGUGAAGUAUCAGAGAGGGGACAUGGUGAUGGGCCGCUGGCCUGGCAGCAGCCUGUAUUAUGAGGUGAAGGUGCUUCACUUUGAUGCCAAAAGCCAGCUUUACACGGUCAUCUACAAGGACGGCACUGAGCUGGAACUCAAGGAGCAAGACAUAAAGAGUGCAGCUGGUUUCCAGUCGCGCCCUCGCUCCCGCUCUCGUUCUCGAUCACCAGGCCGUCGACGCAGUCGCUCUCGAUCCCCAGCACGGACCACGCGGCACUCGUCCUCGUGCACAGCGGCGGCCGUCGCUGCUGCAGCUAUCACAGAGAGCGCACCGCCUUCUCGCAGAGAUGCUAAGCUGGAGGAUUCAUUCGAAGUCAGGCUAAUUCCCCCGGAACAGACAAAGGCACCUGAGAACAAUGGCAACAAAAAGCAUGAAAAGAAAGAGGACAAUGAGCCUGCUAACAAAGUAAAUGAGAAGUCAGAGCCAGAGAAGAACCAAAGCCGUUACAAUCUACGGCGCAGGAAGGACGAUGGAGAUGGCAAAGCUGAGGCCAAAGCAGAGCAGCUGGAAGAAAAAGAGGCCAAGAUGGCUGCAGCUGCUUCUCCCCCCUCCGUUUCCCUUGACUUUGGAGGGAAGCUAGGUGCUUACUUCUGGCUGCUCUUCCUGCCAGCCUGGGUUCUCUUCCUGGUACUCAAAGUCAACCAGGAAGACCCCAGCCUCGCCAACUUCCCCCCUCCUUGGCCCCCCCUUGAAAGCUUUUGGGAUGCUAAGGCUCUUGGAUUUGUCGUUCUCUGGAUCUUAUUCCAGGUCCUGCUCUACAUCUUACCCGUUGGAAAGCUGAGCGAGGGCAUGCCGCUGCGCUCUGGGGAGAGGCUGAAGUACAGAACCAAUGGUUUCUUUGCCAUGGUGGUGAGUUGUGUGGCAGUAGCAGCAGCGGUGCAGCAAGGUGCUGACCUCACAUACAUCCACAGCCACUUCCUGCAGCUGGCUGUGGCCUCCUUCCUGAUCUCCAUCCUGCUCAGCAGCUACCUGUACGUCCGCUCUGGGCGCGCUGCUGCAGAGCAGCUGGCACUGGGCGGCAGCUCUGGAAAUGUGGCUUACGACUUUUUCAAAGGACGUGAGCUCAAUCCACGAAUCAAAUACUUUGAUCUAAAAUUCUUCUGCGAGAUGCGCCCUGGUCUGAUUGGCUGGUGUCUGAUCAACUUUGCGCUGGCGCUGGCGGAGAUGAAACGGCAGGGUCUGGAGGCUCCCUCUCACGCCAUGAUCCUGGUAAACCUCUUCCAGCUGCUCUACGUGGCCGACGGCCUCUGGAACGAGGAGGCCAUCCUGACCACCAUGGACCUAAUGCACGAUGGUUUUGGCUUCAUGUUGGCGUUUGGAGACCUGGUGUGGGUGCCCUUCACUUACACCCUGCAGGCUUACUACCUGGUGAGCCGGCCCACCCCGCUGAGCCCCCCUGCCCUCGCUGCCAUUGUCACACUUAAACUUGUUGGAUUCUACAUCUUUAGAAAGUCCAACUCUGAGAAGAACGCCUUCAGGAGAAACCCAUCAGACCCCCAACUUUCCCAUCUGAAGACCAUCCCCACAGCUACAGGGAGGAGUCUGCUGGUGUCUGGGUGGUGGGGGGUGGUGCGCCACCCUAACUACCUGGGGGACCUGCUGAUGGCUCUGGCCUGGUCCCUGCCCUGUGGCUUCAGCCACCUCCUCCCUUGGUACUACAUGAUCUACUUCAUCAUCCUACUGGUGCACCGAGACUCCCGUGACAUGAGCGAGUGCCGAAGGAAGUACGGCUCAGCGUGGGACGAGUACUGCCGAACAGUUCGCUACCGGAUCAUUCCCCGCGUCUACUGAGGGCGCCAGACACUCCUCUGCUGAGGCCCCCCCAGUCAAACUCUCAUUAAUAAUGGAUGGACCAUUGUUUUUACUUUUAUAAUAUUUUGUUUAAACUAAGAAUAUUUAAAAUUGUGUUUCUGGACUGAAGAAGCUAAAGUAUUGUCAAUGUUUGUAAGGAAGAAAAACAUGCCACAUUGGUAUUGUAGACUAUUCGAAGAACUGCCUUUUUAAUAGAAAAUACAAAAAAAAUAUAGAUUUUAAAAGUUUGAAAAUCUGGGGGAAUUGAAAACCACCUCUGCUUGGAAUGUGUUGUUGGGAUGUAUAUUUUUGUAGAUACACAUUUGUUUUUAUACUUCAAGAAUAUUGGACAGAUUUCCAAAAUGUAUAUUAUUUUGGUAAAUCUUUGCUCCCAUAUUCAAUAGAAAAAACUAUUUCAGCUUAGUUUAUAUGAAUAAUUGUGUAGUACACCUGCUUGUGUAUAUUAUGAAGGAGGUUUUAAAUCUGCACAGUGGAAUGUGUUUUUUCUCAGGACCCAGAACCUUGUCCAAAGCUCCAUUAGAACAGUUUUGUCUUGUUUAUUGUGUGUAUCUUUUUAUAUAGAUAUCUAAUUUUGACUUGAGAGUGUAAAAUGAUUUUGGAGGGUUCAGGAAAGAUGCACUAAUGUGUUUGUAGCAUGAUCAAUCCCAAAGUGUGUUAGAUUUGGCUUUGCUACCUCAGGUUCACUCACUUGGUCCUCUGUAGUGUGUGUGUGUGUGUGUGUGUAAUUAUGAGCGUCACUGCUUUACAAACAAAAUGACUAUGACUCAUAUUAACAAUAAUAUAAGUUUCUGUCAUGAGCUAUUCCAAUUUACUUUUAUUUCCUGCAUUUUAUGCCGCUAAGGAAACCAUUUUGUCCAGCUAGAUUAUGAACUGGUUGUUCAUUUCCCACCACUGCCACACACAUUUGCUUUUACUUGUCUAGCAGAUGUAAUGAUGUUUAUACUGUGAUGACAUGGAGCUCUUUUUGUUAAUGCAUUUACAAAACCAAAAAAGUGUUUUCUGCCUGCAGCUGUAGAGUCCAGUAGCAAUACAUUGACUAGACUAGUAAGCAUUUCUUAUGCUGUGCUGACUGACUGCAAUGUAAAUAUUGUUUUUUUAAAUCCUUUUCAAUGAGAGUAGUGAUGAUAACAAUGUUCCCAUUGGAUAUUUAAUUUGUUGUUUGAAGUUAACUUUGUAAAUCUGACCACUGUAGUAAUGUUUACACAUAGAUCUGCCAUGUUUCUGGACAAUACUUAUACGUAUUAAAAGCACAUGUGGAAUGGUCUGUAACAGUGUUUGUCUGAUCAGAGAAUACAUGUUAGAUAAAGAGAAGAGAGGUCACAUGUCUCAACAUAUUCUGUGCUUAAUAUGGCAGUGGGUGGGCAGCCUGAGUGGAAGCAGUACGUUGGAUCUCCUUUGUACUGUACAGCAGGCUGUAAGUGAGCAUCAAUCACUUACAGCCUGCUGGCUUUUGCUGGAAAAAGCUUAUCUAUAAAAAUGGUGCAGCAUCAAAUAAAGAUUGAGAG